AUGGAAGGGGAGCUCACGUCGCGCGUCCUGCUUGAGCGCGGACGCCCUGACACUCCGCCUCCAACGGCAGUGCGAAGUCAGGAGACUCGUGUUGACUUGGAGGCAAGGGCACAUGGCGAGUCUUGUAGAGACUUCAGACCGGCCACCGCUUCCAAAAUCAGCGUGCAGCUUGUGGAGCAAACUAAGAUGGAUGAUCCCGACAAGUUCAAGAUCUGGGAAGUUGGAGGGCGAGCGAACACUCCCAACUCUUUCUGGCGUGAACAGAGGCAGUACGAAUCUGCAGCGCAAGGCUUCUCUUUUACUGCCUCGCGUGGGAUGCCAUGGCCAAAUCUGUCACACACGAGAGUGCGAGCCAUGCAAGAGAAGGGACACAUGCGUGCUCUGCUGCUUGGGUCAACACCUGGGACAGCGACCGAUCUGCGGAAUCUUGAUGGUUACUGGAUCUCCACAGAUGGGGAGCUACGAGGUCAGGUGGAGGGAGACGUAUUCUAUUGGGACUGCGACGGCUCCCGCUCUCGGUUGCGCUUUGGCGGCGAACGCCAGGAGAUUGUCUCCCUUGCAGUGGAUGGCUGCCGCCACUUUGCAGCGCUCAGUGAGGAUGGGCGCCGCCUGCUGUGGGCAGAUGGAGACAUUUGGGUUCGCCAUGACGAGGAAGCGCAAGCCUUGGCCAAAGCUGUGAAGGACCAAUGUGGUGACUGUGAGUUCGACGACGCUUCCCAGCCCGUCGGCAAGAUGCUUGGUCGUUUGCAAGUUAAUGCUCCAGGCAAGAGCGCCAAAAUAUGUUCUCCUCCGGAGGGCCUUGUGGCUUCGUCUACACAUGGCUGCGGAGUCCGAGUGCGAGCACAUUACCGUCUUGACCUGAACAGGGUUCAGUUCUCCGAGCUCAUCGACCCUCUGGCGGACUUCACCACAUGGCUUCUUGGGGACCGCGGAUGGGGCCUCCCGGAAAACGUGGUAGAGCUUGUCGUGUCGCACCUGCAAAUCCGCAGUGUGCAGGCAGACGAGGUUCGAGUGACUGGCUGCUCAUCGGGCAGGGAAGACUUCGACAUCUCUGUGGCUCUGAAUGAUCGAGAGGAUGAAUGGUGGAUUUCAGAAUCGGGCAGCUGCCCAGGAGGAGUCGGUGCAGAAUACCUUGACUUCUCCUUUGAUGCUGUCAGACGUGUUAGCUUUGUAGCGGUGAAGAUUCCACCGCUACCCCAUGGACCGCUUUCAGUGCGUGACUUCCAUCUCCUGGCUGGUGGUAGCAGCGAGUCUCCUGAAAGCUGGAUGCCCGCUUCACCAGUUCCCCUGCAGACGUUGGAUCGAGCUGACCUGCAGGAGUUCGCAAUCGUUCCGCCUGUGGAAACGCAGACGCUACGGUUAGUUUGCACACGUAAUGCCGAUGCUGCUUCCGGAAACAGACGCCGAUUUCUUGGCUCGGCAAGCUGCAUCGGGCUCUUCCAGGUUUCCUUCGCUUAG